CAGAGCUUCCUAGAACGGAUCAGAAACUUCCACAGCAGGUCCACAACUUCCCCUCACAUAAACCUCUUCACAACCUCGACACCUGUUCAACACAGAAAUGUCCUUGGUUCAACACGUAUCUGCCCUUGAGGGCAUCGAUCGUGAGCCUGAAUCAGACGUUGGCGAAGAUUUCCCGUCGAUCCGUCGGAAAAUCAGCUACGAUGUUCUUCAACCGCCCACUCAGCCUGUUCCGGUCGUCGAGUCCGCUCCCGGCGUCCCAGCUUAUAAGCAUUCUGCACCACGAAGAUUAGCCCAGGUCAUAUUUACGAUUUUCGCGUGUUGGCUCGCGUCGGGAAUUGUCUUCGGUUUUGCCGCGUUGAAGCCCGUUCUCGUCGAAGAAGGCGUUUAUCAUGAUCAGUGUACUAAGGAGGAAUUGAAGGAUGGAGUAGAGUUGUGUAAACAACAGGAUCUUAGACUUAAUCUGUUCUUCACCGUCGCGUCCAUUACUGCCAAUGUGUCCGCGCUCCCGGUUGGAACAAUCCUCGAUCGCUAUGGAUCACGUGUCUGUGGUUUUAUCGGAUGCUUUAUCAUGGCAGCUGGAAGUUUAUUCAUGGCUUCUUCGUUUCAUCGACCGGGUGACGAGGGUCUUCUGCCUGGCAACUUCCUCUUGGCUCUCAGCGGAACUUUCAUCUUCGUGCCAUCAUUUCAAAUCGCCAAUGCCUUCCCCCGGUAUGCGGGUUCGAUCGUCGCGUUGAUUACCGGAGCAUUUGAUGCCUCUGCUGCUGUAUUUUUGUUCUAUCAAAUGGCCUAUGAGGCAUCACGUCGGACCUUCACUCCUGACCAAUUCUUCUUGGGAUACCUGGUCGUCCCGGCGCUGAUCUUCCUGGCCCUGCUUACAUUCAUGCCAAGUCGCGAUUAUGUUCCACAAUACGAACUGGAAACCAAAAUGGAAUUGGCGGAGGACGCGACCCUCGACGUGCACUCGUCCGACGAUGAAAUUGAGAGCGAUCGUGAGCUCCGCCGAGUGCGCAGUAAGCGUGCCGAGCGUCGGAAGCAAAAGGCGCGCAAGCUCCAUGAUAUACUUGGCAGUAAAGAUGAGAUCCAGUCUCGCGCGGAGAGAGAGGAAGACCGCCAGCAGACCAGUCAGGUCUGGGGUGUAUUGCAUGGAUUACCCGCUAGCAAGCAGAUGACUACUCCGUGGUUCAUCCUGAUUACCCUCAUGACGAUUAUACAAAUGAUCCGGAUGAAUUACUUCAUCGCCACCAUUCGAGCACAGUAUGAGUACAUGCUUGACUCGACUGAAGCAGCCGAGCAGAUUAAUACCUUCUUCGAUGUCGCAUUGCCGGUCGGUGGAGUCUUAUUCACACCUUUCAUUGGCUAUUUGCUCGACCGCUUGAGUGUGCCUGCCCUCCUUGGGCUAAUCGUGGCUUUCACUACGAUCAUCGGCGUGCUAAAUUCGAUACCGACAUUAUGGGCGGGCUAUAUGACAGUCGUGCUAUUUGUUUUGUUGCGGCCAUUGUAUUAUUCUGCCAUGUCUGACUACGCGACAAAAGUUUUUGGCUUCGCAACCUUCGGUCGUGUCUACGGAACUAUCAUCUGUCUAUCCGGUCUCGCGAAUUUCUCCCAGUAUGGACUGGAUGCCCUGACCCACCACACAUUCCAUGAAAACCCGAUCCCGAUCAACGCUUUCUUGACAGUCGCUGGUUUCGUAGUCGGGGUUGGCCUGGUGGGAUUCGUCACUGUACAAGGUCACAGAUUGAGUGCCCAUGGAGAAGGUGAUGAAGAAGAAAGGGAGCCAUUGCUGGAGGAGGAAGAGGAAGAUAGCGAUGGAUAUGGAUCUAUUGGUGGUAAUUAA